AGUUGGUUUUUAUGGUUAAUAAUAGUCAGCAGCACUGGUACAUGUCAAAAAUAAUAAAAACGCUGUUUUAAAAUUUAAAGAAUUCUAGCAUUCACGAUCUCUGCAAGACCAUGUCUUCUGGGUUCUUGUCGAUUUCUCUGGUAUCGCCCUGUUUGGUUGUUCCAUUGGACUACAACGGUUCAGCUGUGCUUCGGACAUGUCUCUUCUAGGUCAGGUGACCUAUUUGCCGUCAUUGAUGCUCAUCGGGCUCGUUGUUCAGUUCUUCACCAACUGCUAUCUGUUAGUUAGUAAACCGAAAUGGAGAUGGCGACUUCAGUUUAGAAUGCUCACUAGCCUAUUGCUUGCCUUCUGGGUAUACGUACCACUUAUUCAUCGGUAUUCGAAUGAGAACUCGGCUACUGAUAGCUCACUCAUUUUACACACAAAAGCGUUCAGUUGGCUGCUGAUGAGUGGAUUUUUUAUGGGUGCAGGGGUACCUGAACGAUUUGCACCCGGGGUUUUCGACAUUUUCGGUUACGGGCAUCAGAUUUUUCACUUGUGCGUCAACAUGGUAGUUUGGAAUCUGUGUGACGCAGCAAUUCUAGAUUGCACCCCAAGUGCUUGGAAUUCGCCAUCAAAUCUCGCCAUUAGUGCCGCAUUUCUUAUCACGGUUGUUUUCGUCGCAUGUACUGUAAAAGCGCUCACAAGAAAAGCUCAAGCUAUGAAGUAUGAUCGAAUUGCUUAUCACUUGUUUCGAGCCAUCGAGUUUUUUUAA